UUAUGUUGUCGUCCUAAAUAAUAACAUGCACUUUCAGCUGACUUUUAAAUUUUGUAAAGUUUUGAAACAUUUUGUGGCUUACGUUUUGAGACUUAAUCCUAUUCAACUAUACUAAUUAUUAAAAAGUAUGAUAUGCACGUCGGAGAUGAAAAAAAUCAUUGAAGGAAAAGAACAAAGAAGAAGAAUACAUAACCCAUUCAUAUUGUAAUUAUACAUUAUGAUAUAUCCGGGAUUAUUUUCUAAAAAUAGAAUAUAAAAAGUCAUGAGAGUUGCAGUGAUUGGAGCAGGAGUCAGUGGAUUAACUGCUAUAAAGUGUUGUUUAGAUGAAGGACUAGAGCCUGUAUGCUUUGAAAGGUCAAAUGAUAUAGGUGGGCUAUGGAGAUAUUCAGAUAAGGUCACAGAAGGUCAGGCAUGCGUUAUGAAAUCAACCAUCACGAAUACUAGUAAAGAAAUGAUGUGCUUUAGCGAUUUUCCAAUGCCCGCAGAUUUUCCAAUGUAUAUGCAUAAUACUUAUGUACAAAAGUAUUUAAAUUUGUAUGCAGAAAAAUUCACUCUUCGGAAACAUAUACAAUUUGAAACGGAGAUAUUGAGUGUUUUGAAAAAAGACGAUUUUAAACAGACUGGUCAGUGGGUUAUCAAACUGAAAGACAAGAAAACUGAUAAGGUGAAGGAAAAUAUCUUUGAUGCUGUUCUUGUGUGCACUGGUCGUAAUAGUGAAAAAUAUGUUCCUGAUGUUCCCGGUCUAUCAAACUUCAAAGGAGAGGUUGUUCAUAGUCAUGACUAUAGGAAGCCAACUGGAUUUGAAGGCAAAAGAGUACUUGUCAUUGGAAUAGGAAAUACGGGAUCAGAAAUAGCUGUAGAACUCAGUGCAGUUGCUUCACAGGUUUUUAUAAGUACCGGACGUGGAACUUGGGUAUUUCCCAGAAUAGCAGACCAUGGUAUGCCUAUCGACAUGACAGCUGUCAAAAGGAUAAUGAUGAAAAUAAAAAAAAUAUUACCACAGUCGCUAAUUGAAAACAUGGUGGAGAAAAGAAUAAAUGCAAGAUUUGAUCAUAAACAUUAUUGUCUGCAACCAAAGCACAGUGUCUUUGCUCAUAGUCCAAUUAUUAAUGAUGAAAUACCAAACCGAUUGGCAUCUGGAACAUUAAGGUUAAAAGCGGGUGUCAGAACAUUUACAGAAAAUGGGGUAAUAUUUGAUGAUAACACAGUGGUAGAAAACAUCGAUGUUGUUGUCUUGGCAACAGGAUAUACAUUUAAAUUCCCUUUCUUAGACAAAUCUGUGACUGAGGUGAGAGAAAACCAUGUUGAUGAACUGUACAAGUACAUUUUCCCGCCAAAACUGGAGAAGUCAACUUUAGGUAUAAUCGGAUGCGCACAAGUACUGGGAGCAAAUAUGCCAGUAUUUGAGAUGCAGUGUAGACUGUCAACGCGUGUUUUUCAGGGGAAAUCAACUCUUCCAUGCUAUAAUGACAUGUGGUUAGAUAUUAAAUCAAAACAGGAGGCACUGACACAAAAAUAUGUAAAAUUACAUAAACAUACCGUUACUGUCGAUUCCAUAGAGUAUAUGGAUGAAUUAGCCACGUUAAAUGGGUGUCGACCUGAUUUAGGUUCAUUAGUAUGGUCAGAUCCCACAUUGGCCUUAACCUGUUACUUUGGACCAUGUACACCAUACCAAUAUAGACUACACGGACCAGGAAAAUGGGAUGGAGCAAAACAGGCGAUAUUGACGCAGUGGGACAGAACGUUAGGACCCCUAAAAACAAGAUCAUUAGGAUUUAAAGAACAGCCUUCACAGAAAAACUUCUUACUGUUUUCUUUUAUUUUUAUUGUAAUCAUUUGUUAUAUACUUCAAGCUUUAUUUUUAUAAGUUACUUCUUUUGUAAAAGUGGCGUCCGAUUUGCCCCGAUUUCUUGAAAUGCAAAACAGAUAUAAACAAAUAUUUUUAUAUUAUACAUGUAUACGAUAAAGAUUCUGAAAAAUCUACCAUUUUCUGAAAUGAACCCAAAUUUUCAACUUUUUCAUAGUAUUUAUCAUACCACAUUUUUUUAAAUUUUUAUACUUAUUUACCUUCGCUACAGAAGUGUCUUAAACUACUCAUUUUUAGAUAUUGAUAAUUUUAGUAUUAAAGGAAGAUUUAUUUGUUGGUCAAGGUUUGACUUUAUUGAUUCUGGUGAAUUGCAAAGAUGAAGGCAAACCAAUAAGUUUAUUAACCCUAAUAAAUGAUUUCUGUUUGUUUAAA